AUCGCAAGUAUUUCUUCUUGUAGGUGGCAGAAGACAGCAUUGCAGAAAGAGCCGGCCUUAGGGAAGGGGACGAAGUGAUUCAAGUGGGGAGAGUGAACGUCCAGGAUAUGACCCUUAGCCAAGCACAUGAGACACUUGCUAGAUGCGGCAAUAAGAUUGAGAUGUUUGUCAUAAGAGAAGAUCUUCUUUCACCAAGAAAAGGAAAGGAGCCUCCAGUAGUGAAAGCUGUAGUUCACAACCCUUACAACUCGCCUCUGUCACUGUACUCGACAGAAAAUAUCGCGGAAACCCUUGCUAAGCAGACAGAGGUUUUGACAGAAGGGCAAGUCUCAGAGGAAGACGAAGGCCCAGAAAAUUUAAGUUUCAAACAAAAAUCUGCUGUAUUUCAGUUAUUAGAAGAACAAGCUAAACAAGAAGGUGCAUCAAAGUCUCGUGGCAGUCAACAGAGCGCCACUGUAACCAAGCCGAAGACCGCUCCGCCACCACCUCCACCGAAACCUAAACCACCAUCGAGCGAAUACCUCUACAACGGUUACGACUCAGAUAGACAGAUACAGCAACAGCAGCAAGUGUACCAAGAUCAGCAGAAAACAAGUCGAGUAGAAUACCAAACUACACAAAGAGUCGUCAGCCAACAGCACCAAUACCAGCAAGAACGCCCGGUCCAGUACCAACAGACCACCACUUAUCAGACAAGCGCAUUUCAGAAAUCACCAGGAUACCACUCACCAUCUGCAGAUAACUAUCAACAACAAGUUUAUCACUCUCAAGUCAACAGUUAUCAGCAAUCGCCCGGUUAUCAGCAGUCCGUGAAAACUUACCAACAAACACACCAGCAAAUCAAUCAGAGCAAUCAGCAGCAGUAUCCCGGUUAUCAGUCGCCCACAACUACUACUUUUCAGCCAUUGAAUCAAAUUAAUUAUCAACAAAGCCAAAGCAAUCCAAGCAGAGGACAAACUCAUCAGGGAACUCAGCACCAGACCAAUUACCAGACGCAAACUCAUCAAAGCAAUUACCAGCCCCAGAAGACUGAACAACCAACUACUGCAGUAUCGAAAGCGGUAUUUAAAAUCGGCCCACCACCACCUCCUCGCGGUUCUUCAGCAAAGCAACAAGACUCCGGCGAUAUGGCGGCGGUAUACAGGCAACAAUAUGAGCAGCAUCUGCAGCAGCAGUAUGAACAACAGCAGAUGUACAUGAACAAUUACGAUGAUUAUGAAUCAACGAAACCUAAAGCGCACAUUAUAAAUGAAAACAUUUUCGAGCACAAUUCUACAUCUGGGACUCCAAUUACGUAUAAAGCACCUCCAGCCGCCCCUCCGAAGCCACACUGGCCACCACCGCCUCAGAACGAUCAGUUUAGAAGUCCUGCACCACCUUCACCAUCCGGCAUGAGGAAUGUGGCGUCUGUCUGGCCCCCUAAGAAAUCUACAGUAACCGAAUUGCCGAAGACUGGAUUUAAUCCUGCAGCUGUGCGAGAGCAAGGUACUGGAAGGAGAUGCAUAUGGCCCCCACCAAAACCUGAAGAUGAAAUGAGGAGUGGUCGGAACACCCCUCAGUCACCCAUGACUGGACGUCGUAUACAGUGGAAUCCUUCUCCCUCCCCUCCUCUAAGUCGCAGAACAGUUUUCAGCACUUCUCAGUCGCCAGUUAGAAGGAAGGAUCUUCAAUGGCCUCCUCCAUCCCCCACUUCUUUCCACGAUAAGGAAAAUGUUCCACGAUUUAGUCCUAAGACCACAAGAAAGGCCAGAUUCGAUGACUAUAUAAAAGAACAUGCGUCCAUCAAUGUUCCCCAAACGUACAGGCCACCCCCUGGAACACAGCAUGUUGAGUACCGUUAGAUUUCAUUCAAAGUCACCAUUGAGUUUUCCGGGGAGGAGAUUUUUGCUCUUUUAUAUUUAGUUCUUUAUUUUUUUGAAAGUUCUUAUUCGUAUACAUUGUUAUAUUUGUUAAAGCCGUAGUGUGUUAGAUACAACAUGUCUUGGUUUCUUCUUAUUUACGAAUGAGUUGCAGAAUUUCUUUUUUUGUAGUCAUGCGUGUUUGAUCAAAAGAUACUUUUAAGGUUUUGAUUUCGAAAAAGUACAAUUUAUUUUUCCCUUUUUGUUCUCUAAGUAGAUCUCACUUGGCUGUAUCAGCAUUUUUAUUUUUAUGGUUGCAUAAUAACCUCAUUAAUUAUUCAAUUCUGUUUCGUAAAAUUAUUAUAUUUAAACGUAAAAAACACUUUUUAAGCAUAGAGGAAUUUAAAAGGCACAAAAAGAAAAAAAAAAAGAAGAGAGAUAUACAAGAAAGUCAGAGAGAGCAGUAAAAACGGAAAUAUAUAUUCAAGCGUUCCCCACUUAUUCGACAGGCAGGGACCAAAGCAUUGUUAGGAAACAGAAAUAGUCUUCGGUUUAGGUGUGUAAAUGCAUUUUCACUCGAGAAAAAAAGUAUGUAUAGGUACACAUCACUCGGCGAUAUGGGCACCAGCUAAUGAUAUAAAUACUUAUAUAUGCAAUUAGAAUUGUCUAAAAGUGCAUCCUUAAAUUUAUCAUAGGAAGUUUUCGGAAAAUUAGCAGAAGUAUAUAUUUUAUCUUAGAAAUGGGAUGAAAUAUAUUAAAAGAAGGACUGCAUAUUAAAUGUAUAGUCUUUGGUUAACAUUUGAAAAAGGUCAAAGGAAUGGAUACUAAAAAAAUGGACAGUUGAAAGGCGGGGAACACUUGUAAUAUGAAAUUCACAAAUUUGAAAUUUCCUUGCAAAUUCAUGAACGGAAUGAUUUUUAUGAGAUCUUUAAAUGAAAAAUGAAUGACGUUAUACUCCAGCACAUCAUUUAACAUUCUAUAAUGACUUAUAGUUCUAUAUUCUCUCUAAGCACUCAUUAUUCACCUUUUUAUACAUCCAAUAGCUGAAUCCAAUAACUGCUAGCCUUUUUAUACAUCAUUUACAAUUUUUUUCACAUUUUUUUCUUUACAUUUCCUUUUAGUUCUAUUCUGUGUAACUGCCUAGGUUCGAAUACAAGACAGUGCUUUCCAGAUCUCUGAAACAUGUAACCUAUGCAUCUUUCACUGAUUUGUAACCUACUUUCAUAUCCUGAUGUGUUUACAUAAGUUCUACGAAAACACAGAUUUCAGUCCUGAACAAAUGCUACAAAAGUAUCACUAUAGGAAACGAUACUUGUGCGUUUAUGUACAUCUUUCGACAUGAGAAAAUGUCAUGGAAGUGUUCACGAAUUCUUAAGUUAUACUAGAAGAUAGCCUCUGACGGUGCAUUUCAUAUAUGUGGAUCUUGGAUGUGCUGUGGAUAAUGAUCUGAUGUCUUCUAUUCGAAUCUUUCAGUUUUUGAAGCUUUUAUUACUGCGAUCCUAUGUUUUCUCUUCUGUCCUUUGAAAGUCUCUUUCGCUUUCGUUGCUGUCGAUGUUGGUUAGUUAGUGUCCCCCCACAACAUGGAACAACUGAGUCAUCUCACUAGCAGAGUUUAGUUGGUAAAAGCUGAAUCCAAUAGCUGCUAGCCAUUUUUUCCAGUACAAGGAUAAGAGAUUGGAUCACAAUGCGUAGGACACGCCGAUCUCACAGCAACAGCUACUGGAUUGAUGUCUCUUUCUUCUCCAGCAACUUUUCUACUCUUUCACUUUAAUGAAAUCUGGAGCUAGCGUCUUCUUUUUUUGUUUGUAAUUAUCUGAACUAAUUUACAGAACCAUACGCGAACAAGCUUCAUUUUUUUGUAACGUUUUAAUUUUUGAGCUACUGUGACUGUGAUAAUGCAAGGUAAAUAAAACGUGAAUUCUACUUC